AUGCCCACCUCCCGCGCUUCGAGGAACGAGGGUGUGGAGCUACCCACAAGACGUGGCAAUGAGCAAGCUGCGCAGAUGCUGGUCCCGGCCCGAAGUGACGAGGCCUUCGUGUCUGCUGCGAGACGAAGAAGCACGCUGGCAAGUGUGAGAAAGGAUUUGGAGGAUCUGGCAAAGCCACCGCCCAGAUGGCGUUGGCGAGCGAAAGUGGCGCUGGUCUUCUACACCUUGGCACGUAUCGCUGGUGGCCUACCAUUUGUGUUUAGCGAGGACCCGUACCACGUGUACCCCUGCGGUGUGGAGCUUUGCUACAAGGAGUCCGUGGAUUUCCAUAAGCUAAGCGAUGCGAUUGUUCGGCCCUUCGUGACAGGUUUUGGGCUCUACGUUUUUGUGCAUAGGAUGGACCGGUUUUCCGUCAACAACUCACUGCAUGUGUGGAGCUUCGUCACACUCUGUUGUCUCGCGCUGCCCGUCUGUCAGCCAGGCCUGCGUGCCAUGUGGCAGGCGAAUGUGGCAAUGCUUCUUUGGGAAGUCCUAUGCAACGUCCUGCAGGUGCGCAUGACCAUGCUCAAACUUCGAGCUCUCGGCUGGAAUAGGACAGCCCGGUGCUGUGCCGUGUUUACAAAGCUUGGUAUUUGUUCGCUCUGUGCUUCUUUGGUGUUGUCUUUCGCCCGCCGAGAUUUCGAUGUGUAUAUCAGUUAUAUGGUUACUGAUGUCAUCGUCUAUCUGAGUUUCGGCUGCUGCUUCGCUGUCGUGGGCGUUCAGAGUUGGGCAUUGUGCCGUGCAGCAAGCAGAGCUAUGGUGCAAGCAAGAGGAAAUGAAUCCAUCCGCUCGACGGCAUGCCUCCUGUAUGCAAAUGCUUGCCUGGUCCCUUUAGGCCCAGCUUUGAGUUUUGUCAGCCUGUUCGCGUUCCCGCAAACCACCAUUGCUGAUAGGGGACUCCCACCGACACUAGUGGCUCUUGACGUGUCCUUCCAAGUCUUCAACGUGCUCGUUCUCAGUGGCAUGGUGGGCCACACGCCGAUGAAUCUUGAAACUUUGCAAAGGCUUGCGGAGCUGUCAGGGUUUGGAUUGGCUUCCGCACGCGUGGCUUUCCCAGGGCACAUCAGCCGGAGUGCAGCUGACUGCGUUGUAUCGUUUCCCGGUAAGUACAGCGACCUUUGGGACAAAGCGGUCUCAAGUGUUGCUCGAGUGGAUGCGUUCUCACUUGCGUGUGUGUUUUUGACUGACAGAGCUUCUGGCCUUGGUCUGCAUGCGAACAACCCAGAGACCCCUGGCAAGUGCUGGUGCCAGCAAAUUUACGGCCGAGUGCCAGCCUCUACGUACCUCAGUGUGGUGGAAAUCAGUACUCACGAGUCUGCUAACCAUGACCAGACGCUUGCCUUCAAACGAGCAGAUGCUGAAGCGAUGGGCCAACGGCUGUUGAUCAAGCAACAUCAAACAGACAUUGAAUGGGAGCAAGAGCUCGAAGAGGCUUUGCAAGAUGCCGAAGUCCGUUGCAUCGAGAAUCAGGACAGGGCGCCCUGGGGUUGUCAAUGGUUCGAAGAGUGGGCACGGAACGUGGACCGGGCGGCUGAACUGCGCCAGACACUUCACGUUUUCUACUUUGAGGACGGCAGGGGCAAAGGCAAGAUGCCUUGGUAUCUGCUCGCCAACGAGAAGGCUAGGCAGGAGGCCCGAAAGGAUAGUGGCCUCGGUGCUUCGCAGACCGCAGAGGUAGCUUACCUGGACAAGAUCGGGUUGAGCUAUGUGGAGCACGACAUCAUGGAAUUUGAGGCCUUCCUUGCAGGUCGCACCUAG